AUGGAUUUGAUUGAUAAAAACUCCUCCUGGAAGCUAAAAUCUGAAGAUAAUAGCGGGAAAACGCCGAGGGCUGGGAAAUUAAAACCUAUAGGAGACAGCGUAAAGGCCUGCUUACAAGAAAUGCCAGGUCUUCAGACCCCACCGGCGGUGAGGAGGGUCCACAGUACCCAUCCAGAACCAGGAGCCAUCAGAGUGCACCAAGGGCAGGCGGCUGACCCGGACGUUACCUCUCUUGUUCAUGGCAUCAGAACCAGAACAUCUCUAGAGGAGGACAUGUGGUUAAAUCCUCCUCCGAAGACGAUCUUACAACAGAAGCUGCAAGAACUCAGCGAGUCUGUUUACGCUUCAAGGAAGACGGCUCCGUUGGGUCGGUCACGUGACCAACACGCUGGACGCCCCCCCGGGUACGACAACAAAACCAGAUUUGGUGUGAAAACGAUGAAAGGUCAGGGUGUUCGUGACAUCAUCAAUCCUCUGAAAACGACCGAAGAGAUGGAGCAGGAAGCUCAGGAGGAGCGUGAAGGUUUCAUCCGGAGCCACAACUCCUUUCCUGUUGGUGAGCAACUGGACAGAAACUACAAGUGGAGUCACUGCAGUAAAGACAGCCGGUUUGGGAUUCAGACGCCACAUUUCAAUGACGGACGUAAUCUCAGGAAAAGUCUGCGUUGGAUCGGAGAGCCCCUGAAGUUUCACGAUCCGAACCCUGUUUGGAAGAGAUCCGGGAACCAGGACAAACUGGCCCAACAAAUAGGCACCGCCAACACCGUUUGUAGGAGGAACAACUCUGUUCGUCUCCCGCCUGAACACACCUCCGGAAAAGUUUUACCACCACAUCAAUACGGAGUCGGCGACAUCAUCCAGCCCUCGCAGCUGCACGUGAAAGAACGCGACAGUCGGGUCGGCGCCGUCCGAAGUCACCUGAAGAAGAUCAACUUCAACCACUUCCCCUCCCUGCUGAAGGCCUUCCAGCAUUACGACAAAAAAGGAAAAGGAGGGAUUGACAAAGAGGACCUGCGGGCCGUGUGUGAAGAGUUCCAGCUGGACGUCAACGAGGCGGUGCUGCACGACCUGAUGGACUUCUGCGACGCAGCCGGAGACGGACUGAUCAACUUCGUGGAAUUUGCCAACUUUCUUAACUGGAAGGACAAGAUGCCCAUCAGCUGCCGAGAUCAGCGCGUUCUGACAGCCGAGCGUCCGUCCAGCACAGAUCCAGACAGCACUGACAGGAAGUGGGAACCAGCAGAACUUCUUCCUCGUCAGGCCUUGGUUAAACCUGAGGACCUGGAGCCCGUCAGUCCAGGCAGCCUACGGAAGACGGUCAGGACCAUCAGGAAGCCUCGGUCCACUCCAGACCACUUCCUCACCUCCGCCUCGGCUAUCGGAGCCAGCAGUGGAGAAACAGCCACGGCAGACCGCCGUGCCUUCGGGACCCCGACGGUGCGCUCGGACCUUCCAGCUCCUCGUGUCAAACGGGUCGGAGACACCAAGAACUACGGAGAUUUAUCCACGGCUGCAGAUCUUCUGAAUCCGUCCAUCUCUGCCGCUCGAGGCGUUCACGCAGAGCACUUCCUCCGUCCUCGCGCCAAGAGCGAGAUUGCAGAGAUCUUCAGGAACGUUGGCGUGGACAUCCCCGAGGAGACGUUUGAGGAGACCUGGAAGCUGGCGUCCAUGAAGCAACCCAACGGGGAGGUCUGCGUCCAGGUUUUCCAGAACACGCUCAAGGAAAUAAAAGCAAUGUAA